AUGGAAACAUUUACCGGAAGAUGGUACGUCCUAAACGCGUAUUUUACAGCUUUAAAUGAGGCUAACGAUGAUAUAGUGCUGUAUGACGACGCUGCAGGUGCUGAUGGAGCGUCGAAACCGCCACCAUCCACCCGCCCUCCCGCGACUCAAUCCGACGCGUCGCCUGCCCAGUCUCCGGCCAGAGCUCCUGCCAAAGCGCCGGCCAAGUCUCCUGCUCAGUCUCCGGUCAAGUCUCCCGCUCAGCCUCCAGCCACGUCGCCCGCCAAGUCUCCUUCGAGACCGCCUGCAAGGGCGCCCCCCAAAACGCCGAUGAGAACACCGCCUAAGAAACGCGCAAGGAAGGCUAUUGCGUCGGCAACACCGUCACCGCAGCCAUCGCCACGUGUACCACCACCGACACGUGUAAAGCCAUCCCGAAGCGCGCGCCACGUGGCUGAAACGGUAGAUAUUUCGGUGGGAAAUGACCGAAUGACCUCUGGUGAUGAAGAUGACUACGCCGUCGACGACGACGGUGCCGUAUCCGACAUCGAAGCCUCUAGCGAAAUUUCCAGUAGCGAAGAUGAAGAGACAAGUGACGAAGAGGACGCUGUUGAUCUCUCCGCCGGGACCCCCUUUGACAAGAUGACCAAGGAGCAAUUGAGUGAACACGCACAGACUGGCUGGACAACUUUCUUCGAAGCCCAAUGUACUUCUCUACAGAUACCUGCUGCCGAUCUGGCACGUGCUAGUGCCGCCCCCACCCAGCUCGCUCAAGCAUUGGGAUGCAACCUGGAAGGGCUAUUCUUUUUGUUCCUACCCAAAGAGAUGUGGCUUGCUAUUGCUACCGAGUCAAACCGAUAUCAACUUCAAUACCGCGAGCAAGCGGCGGAAGAGAUCAUGGCUCGCCAGCAACGGAUCAAGGACAGACGACCGGCGUACAAGAUGAAGACAUUGCAGCAAGUUCAAAAAGAGCAGAGAGCGUUCAAACCUAUUCAAGCUCACGAGCUGGUGAACUUCAUUGGGCUACUCUGUGCCCGUACCCUGUGUCCCCACAAAGAGAAAUUGGCAAAGCACUGGGCAGUGGAUGCUCAAGGUGCUGUCCCCAAAGGGACAUUUGGGCGCUAUAUGGCGAGAAAGCGAUUCGAAGAGAUCGUACGCUUCUUGCACUUUAGUGACAACAGCCAUGCUGACGCUGUCAAGUUCAAGACGUGGAAGAUCAAGCCUAUUGCCGACACAAUCAACACAACGUUCAAGUUGGGAAUGACAGUGGGGCAAAGAAUCGCCUUCGACGAAGGCAUGAUACCUAUGCGGAGCAAGUACAACCCAAUGCGGCAAUAUCUUAGAGGUAAGCCCCACCCGUGGGGUACGAAGUGCUUCUUGACGUGUGAUGCUGAUACCGGCUACUGCUACAGGGCGGAAAUUUACCAAGGAAAGGUCGACACGGACUGCGCGGAUCUGAACCAAGGUCCCAACGCCGUGCUGCGUAAUGUUGAUGCAGUCCUCGACGGCCUUCCCAAGAAACGACUCAUAAUCACGGAUCGGUUCUACUCAAGCGUGCUGCUAUCUUCGAUUCUCCUGCAGCGUGGACUCUACCAUCCGACGGCCGCCGCCAUCGCGUACGGUCUGGACAAGAAGGGUGGCGAGCGCAACGUGUUGAUCUUCGACCUGGGCGGCGGCACCUUCGACGUGUCGUUGCUGAGCAUUGAGGAAGGCAUCUUCGAGGUGAAAGCCACAGCGGGUGACACGCACCUGGGUGGUGAGGACUUCGACAACCGCCUCGUCGACCACUUCACGCAGGAGUUCAAGCGCAAGCACCGCAAGGAUCUGACGCACAACCAGCGCGCACUACGUCGUCUGCGUACGGCGUGUGAGCGUGCCAAGCGUACGUUGUCGUCGUCGGCUCAAGCCUACAUCGAGAUCGACUCGCUGUAUGACGGCGUGGACUUCAACUCGACCAUCACGCGCGCACGUUUCGAGGACCUGUGCGCCGACUACUUCCGCAAGACGAUGGAGCCCGUGGAGAAGGUGCUACGCGAUGCCAAGCUGUCCAAGGGUCAGGUGCAUGAAGUGGUGCUCGUGGGCGGAUCGACCCGUAUCCCCAAGGUGCAGCAGCUUCUGUCGGACUUCUUCAACGGCAAGGAGCCCAACAAGUCCAUCAACCCGGACGAAGCCGUCGCGUACGGCGCCACGGUGCAGGCAGCUAUCCUGAGCGGCAACGACUCGUCGGAGAAGCUGCAGGACCUGCUACUGCUAGACGUGACGCCGCUGUCGUUGGGUCUGGAGACGGCGGGUGGUGUCAUGACGACGCUGAUUGCGCGUAACACGACAGUGCCGACCAAGAAGUCGCAGACGUUCUCGACGUACGCGGACAACCAGCCGGGCGUGCUGAUUCAGGUAUUCGAAGGCGAACGCACCAUGACGCGCGACAACAACCUGCUGGGCAAAUUCAACCUGGACGGCAUCCCGCCCAUGCCUCGCGGUGUGCCACAGAUCGACGUGACGUUCGACAUCGACGCCAAUGGCAUUCUGAACGUGUCGGCCGUGGAGAAGUCGACGGGCAAGGAGAACAAGAUCACGAUCACGAACGACAAAGGUCGCCUCUCGCAGGCCGAGAUCGACCGCAUGGUGGCCGAAGCCGAGAAGUACAAGUCGGAGGACGAGGCCAACAAGGUGCGCAUCGAGGCGAAGAACGCGCUGGAGAACUACGCGUACAGUCUGCGCAACAGUCUGAACGACGAGAAGAUGAAGGAGAAGAUCCCAGAAGCCGAUAAGAAGGUGGUGGACGACAAGGUGACGGAGGUGAUCCAAUGGCUGGACGCCAACCAGUCGGCCGAGAAGGAAGAGUACGAGUCGAAGCAGAAGGAGCUGGAGUCUGUUGCCAACCCGGUGCUGCAGAAGGUGUACGCAUCUGCGGGCGGUGCGGAUGGUAUGGCCGGUGGAAUGGCGGGCGGCAUGCCUGGUGCUGGAGCUGCUCCUUCCUCGUCGAGUAGUACGGACCAGGGCCCGAAGAUCGAGGAGGUUGACUAAGUUAGCCGAUACAAGAAGUGCAUGUUGGUAGAUAUGGGUAGAUGUUUUGAAAGCAAUGAAAUACAUAUAUUUAUAUACGA